AUACAGAACAUUCAUAUCCACAGAAAUACCCUGAUCAAAUGAACAUGGCUGUUCCACCAGGAGGACCUAUGGAGAUCUGCUUCUCUUUUGAUACUACUGGGUCGAUGUCCAGUUCUAUAAACGCUGUAAAAGAAAAUGUGCAAGAAUUGAUACUACGACUACAGACGGACAUACCCGGUCUUAGAAUCGCUGUCUUCGCUCAUGGUGAUUAUUGUGAUAAAAACUCGUCAUAUGUCACCAAACACAUUGACUUUUCAACCGAUUUGAAAGAACUGUGUAACUGGGUGAAAAAUGUUGAAUCCACGGGUGGCGGCGAUAGCGAUGAAUGUUAUGAAUUGGUGUUGCAUGAGGUUCAAAGUCUUUCGUGGACGCCGGGAUCACAGAGAGCUCUGGUGAUGAUUGGAGAUGCAAAUCCGCAUGGUGUAAAUUACCCAGACAAUAAAUUGAGAUUAGAUUGGGAAGUGGAAUUAGACAAAUUGGCAGCAAUGAGUGUCCGCGUGUACGGUGUACAGUGCAGAGGUUCGUGCGAUGAGAGAACCAAAAACUUCUACCAAACACUGGCCAACAAGACAGCAGGCAGACGAAUGGAGUUGGAGCAGUUUUCCAACCUAUUUGAUUUUAUCAUGGCUAUUUGCUACAGAGAGCAAGGAGCAGAGUUUCUAGACCUCUAUGAACAGGAAGUCCGUGCCAGAGAUGCUAGAAUGGGUCUCCAUAAGGAACUGCACGCUCUAUUCGGGGCUCUAAGAGAGGGAGAAGAAGAACCUUCAACGUCCUCGUCAACCGCAGAGAAGCCAAAGUCCAGAACACUUCCAUUCAAGCCAGCUCUGAAAAAGAAACCUUCGCUCACAAAGGCUCCUUCCAUUACCAAACUGAAGAAAAACAGUUCCCUCAUUCAUAAAGUCACGAAAACCAUCGCCAAAAAGAAACCCAGGUCUGCAGUCGAUAGAAAGAAGGCGAAACUCUUGGCCAUUUCUCGUCAAAAGAUGAACGCUCUUAGAAAACUGAAGAGAGAAAACGUUCCGGACACGAAUUUUUCUUUAAACAAAAUACAGUGGUCCCCAUGGGAACUAGUUAUCUCUCCCACCAAACCAGAAAACGACUCUUUGUGGACUGAAAGAUACAGAGGAAGAAAGGGUUUCCGCAAAACCAGCGUCUGCGGAGGAAAGACUUUUCCUGAAGCUGUGUACGAGUUCUCUGUGAGGAAACUUUCCGAUCCUAAACGUUACGUGACAUACUGUAAAUUGUCGUCAGGAUUCACCAAGACGAGGUGUUGGGAAUCGAGACUUUUAUCUCAUUCUGACGUUCGAUCCCAAGUCAACAAAAUUGUUGCUUUAGGGUAUUCCGUCUAUGUACGACGAUGUUUGUUGAAUGAUUCUAACAAAGACACUGUCAGGAAAUCAUUACUUCGAUAUGACUAUGCUUGGAAGCGAGUUACAAAUGUAAGGGAUUCGCAAAGAGAUAUAUCAGUAGCAUAAUUUCUGUCAUGUUAUUUAUUCUAUGUCGUUUCUAUAGUACUUGUGUUGCGUUUUUAUAUCAGAAUAUUGAUUCUGAAGUUGUUGUUGUUUUUCAAAUAAAACAAAUAUGAAUGCA